GCCUUCCGCCGCGACUUUCUCUCUCCUCCUCCUCACCGUCGUCCGGCGGCGCCGCCUCUCCUCUCCGCCCCUCCCGUCCAAUGGAGGCUCUCGCCGGCACCGCCGCCGCCUCCCUGCCGGCCUUGCCUUCCCACCAGCCGCGGUCCCGCCUGGCCCCGCGGUCACUCGCCCUUCCCGGCGGCCGCUCGUGCUGCGGGCCCCUCCGCGCCGCCGCAGCCGGUGGCGGAGGCGGCGCCAAGGACGACGCGCAGGCUGGCGUCACGCCCAACGGGUCUCCCGUUAUCAAGCCGAAGAGUGACUCGGCUCUUUCGAGUCAGAAUGGAGUUCUUGGAUCAACCAAAACUGACAAGCCACACACGACCUUAUCAACGCAUACUACCACUGACUCGAGUGGAUCCAGAGCUGGCUUGUUUAGAACACCUAUAUCUGGUGGUGUGCAGAGUGCGACUUUUGCCCAUGGUCUACCUCCGCCGGCAUUGGCUGUUCGCAACUUGAUGGAACAGGCGCGGUUUGCUCAUCUGUGCACUGUCAUGUCUGGCAUGCAUCAUCGGCGUACUGGAUACCCAUUUGGUUCGCUUGUUGAUUUUUCUAAUGACUCGAUGGGCCAUCCAAUAUUUUCACUAUCACCGUUAGCAAUACACACAAGGAACUUGCUCUCUGACCCAAGAUGCACACUUGUUGUCCAGGUACCUGGAUGGAGUGGACUGUCAAAUGCACGUGUCACAAUAUUUGGUGAUGUAUAUCCUUUGCCAGAAGAUCAACAGGAGUGGGCACAUAAGCAGUAUGUUGCAAAACAUCAACAAUGGGCAUCUCAACAGUGGGGAAAUUUUUACUAUUACAGGAUGCAGAACAUAAGCGACAUAUACUUCAUUGGAGGCUUUGGCACUGUUGCAUGGGUAGAUGUCAAGGAGUAUGAAGCUAUUCAACCCGACAAGAUAGCAGUUGAUGGUGGUGAACAAAGCUUAAAGGAGCUGAAUGCAAUUUUCUCGAAGCCACUUAGAGAGUUCUUGUCAUCAGAAGGGGAGGUUGAUGAUGCUGCACUUAUAUCAGUAGACAGCAAAGGGAUAGAUAUAAGGGUUCGCCAGGGUGCACAGUUCAACAUUCAGAGGCUGGCAUUUGAUGUACCUCACAAGGUGGAGACACUAGAGGAAGCCAAGAGAGCACUCCACAAGAUAAUCAAGACAACCAGCAAAUAAAGUCUUCAAAAGAAAAGUGAGAUUGCAAAUGCUGGCAAUUUCCACUCUCCUGCAACUGUUUUGUGACCCGAUAAAAAGUAUUUUAAGCAUCAUGUAAUGUAGCAAUAAGUGAUGUUUAUCAGUUUAAUAAUGACUUACUUGAGAAUUAACAUCCUGUGGUUAGAAUUCUAGGUGUUUGCAAGAAUGUGUAUGCUCUCAUGCUGCUAGAGCAGCAAUGGCCUUGAGGCUUUUUUGUGGAAGCUAGAUGCUUUGUAUCGGUGGACCUAAUGGUUGAUGCCCUCAUAUUGGGAUGCAAUUUUGACCGUUAAGCAUCAACAUGGCUCAUUUUUCUGUA